UUAAAAGCCUUCUUCUACUUCCACCUUUUUCUUAUAUGCUGCGUUACAUAAACAACAUCAUACGCCAUUUUAUUCAGUUGUUCUUUAUAAUGGAAGUAGUAGAGCACCCCUUAUUAGCCGAACCAUGCAUGGACCAAAGCGUGGACAAAACCAACUACGAGGUUGGAGUGUUAUCCAAAACAAGCAUAUCAGAAACAUCUCAUGACUUUUGCAACCACUCUGAGUCCUUCAAGAAGCUCGUGGAGAUGGGUUUGCCGUGUAAUGAAUCAGUGGAGGAAAAGCUGCAUUGGUUGCGGUCACAAAUCAUUGGUAACGAUGCAGAGUUCGAUUCCCCAUUUGGAAAACGAAAAGUUGUCUAUGCUGAUCACACUGCUUCAGGCCGCAGCCUUCACUACAAUGAGAAUUUCAUCAUCAAACACCUUCUUCCUUUCUAUGGUAACACUCACACGUGCGACAGUUACGUGGGAAGCAGGACAACAAAAAUGGUACACGAAGCAAGGGAGUACAUUAAAAAAUGUUUAGGUGGUGGAGAAGAUGAUGCACUCAUAUUAUGUGGCUCGGGCACAACUGCAGCCAUCAAGAGGCUGCAAGAAGUGAUGGGAAUCGCUGUGCCAUCUGUUUUGAGGGAAAGGGUUUUGAAGAGCCUUGGCACAGAAGAAAGAUGGGUGGUUUUUGUUGGACCUCAUGAGCACCAUUCAAACCUCCUUUCUUGGAGGCAAAGCUUGGCUGAGGUGGUAGAGAUUGGUCUUGAUCAAAAAGGGUUGCUUGAUAUUGAUGCUCUAAAGCUACAACUUGAGGCCUAUAGAGAUACCAACCGACCCAUGUUGGGAUCUUUCUCUGCUUGUAGCAAUGUCACUGGAAUUUACUCAGAUACACGAGCAAUUGCCCAGCUUCUUCAUAAGUACAAAGCCUUUGCAUGCUUUGAUUUUGCAGCCAGUGGUCCAUACGUGGAGAUUGACGUGAGGUCAGGUGAGAGUGAUGGGUAUGAUGCUGUGUUCCUAAGUCCACAUAAGUUUCUUGGUGGUCCUGACUCUCCCGGGGUGCUCCUCAUGAAUAAGGCCCUAUACCUGCUAGGAUCUUCACCACCGUCCACUUGUGGAGGUGGAACCGUGACUUAUGUCAAUGGCUUCAAUGAACAGGAUACAUUAUAUUUGGAGAACAUAGAGGAAAGGGAAACUGGAGGCACCCCUCCAAUAAUCCAGACAGUGACAGCAGCAUUGGCAUUUUGGGUGAAGGAAUACAUAAGCUAUGAAGAGAUUGAAAAACGGGAACAACUGUACAUUAACAAGGCAUUCGAGAGGUUUGGUUCAAACCCCAACAUUGAGGUUCUAGGAAACUUAAAGGCCAAGAGACAAGCCAUAUUGUCCUUUCUGAUAUACUCUACCACCACCAACUCUUCCUCAGCUGGUGAGUGGAGUGAUGGUAACAAAGAAAAUGAAGGGGAGCUUGAUUUGUGGGCAGAAACGGGGAACCAAAGAGGUAAACCACUUCAUGGCCCUUUUGUUGCAGCAUUGCUCAAUGACCUCUUUGGCAUUCAAGCUCGAGGAGGGUGUGCUUGUGCUGGACCUUAUGGCCACGAAUUGCUCCACAUCAACAAGUCUCAAUCCCUUGCCAUUAGAUCAGCAGUUCAAGAGGGCUAUAUUGGAGUAAAGCCAGGGUGGACUCGAGUCAGUUUUCCAUACUACAUGAGUGAAGAAGAUGUUGAGUACAUUCUAAGAGCUAUAGAGUUUUUAGCUGUGUAUGGCCAACGAUUCAUUCCUCUGUAUAGUUUCAAUUUGAUAAAUGGCAGCUGGAGAUUGAAGACAGAGAAAUUUGAGGCACUAACCAAGGAAGGCAUGCGAAGGGACGAAUCAUACUUUGAGGUGGCUAAAUGUGUUGCUAGUGGCCUCCCAAAAUUCCCUUCUCAGGGUAUACUCCAGGAGGAUGUGGAUCCCAAUAUCUUCUGCUUUAGAGUUUAAAUUUUGUCAAUAUAGUACCAAACAUCAUUUGUUCGAUGUACAAAUAUUUCAUGAGACUUUCCAUUGCUUUCACACCAUGAUUGAGAUCUACAUUUCCUGGCACCCCUUGCUGGU